CUGCAGUUUUGCUUGUAUUUUGCAAUUUAGUAAAACAUACCGGUAAUAAAAGAUAGGAAAAUAGACACUGUCACUUUAAUAAACAUACAUUUACAAACAGUUAAAUUUGUCUGACUUUAAACAUUUUUUAUUUCAGUUUUGCGAGCUGGAGUGAUAAGUCAGGCCCAUGGUUCUGCUUACUUUGAACACAAUCAAACCAAGGUUAUCUGUGCAGUAAUGUCUCUGCAGACUUUCCUGAGAAGCAGGGGAAUCCCACCUGAAACUGUUAAUAAAAUGGAAGCAGAUAAGAUUGACAUAGAUGUAAUCAUUGAAAUGAGUGAUUUGGAUCUCCAGGAAUACCUUCCUAGCAAGGGUGACAGGGUAGCUCUCAAGGCUUUUGUCAAUAGACAGCAAUCUGAAACUGAAAACGACAAGAGGAAAUUAUCCCUGAUUGAAAACCUAAGAAGUCGCAUGAAGUUAGCAUCCAAGUCGAAAUACCCAUCAGAUUCGGAUGACGAGAAAAGCACACUAUCCAACCUGAAGAAUCACAAGAAAUUGCCUUUCUUCUCCAGAUGGAAAGAACUGCUAUGGCACUGUCAGUGAAUUUGUCUUUGACAUAUCCAGCGAUGUACAUGGGACGCAGCUGAUGCAUACAAGCGAAUCAGUG